UGCACAGGCACUUGGCAAAUGAACAAGUAAUAAGGAUGUUUGUGGAAUACCUCUGCAGAGAGAAAUACAUACCAAUCGGGCUUAAAUAAGGUUUUCUUAACAAAGCACAGUUGCAUUUUCAUCUUAAAUAUGAUGUUUUGCAUCUUCAAUGACUGAACAACAAUGGGGUCCACUGCCUUCCGAAAAGCAGCUACUCUGGAUGAACUCCUCUAUACGUGCGUUGGGAUGUUUGAUGAGAAAGGUGAACUCAACAACAACAACAACUCAUUGCCGAGAACUAUUUUGUUAAUGCAUCGGUGGUAUUUGUCUUCUACUGAACUGGCCGGCAAACUUCAAUCAAUUUAUCAAGAUGCUAGUGGAGAACAUUGUGCUGACUUACGCUUAAAGACUUGUCAUUUUAUGAGAUACUGGAUUUUGGAAUUCCCUGCAGAGUUUAAUUUGGAUUUGGGUUUAAUUCGACUGACAGAAGAAUUCAGAGAACUGGCAAGCCAGCUGGGUUAUGAAGAACAUGUUCAUCUUAUAGACAUUUCAAGCAUCCCGUCAUAUGACUGGAUGCGAAGAGUCACACAGAGGAAAAAAACAUCAAAGAAGGGGAAGGUUUGCCUUCUGUUUGACCAUCUGGAGCCCAUAGAACUAGCAGAGCAUCUGACAUUUCUGGAGUAUAAAGCAUUCCGAAGGAUAUCCUUUACAGAUUACCAGAGUUAUGUUAUUCAUGGGUGCCUAGAAAAUAAUCCAACUUUGGAAAGAUCCAUCGCUUUGUUCAAUGGUAUCUCUAAGUGGGUGCAGCUCAUGAUUCUUAGCAAACCAACCCCACAUCAAAGAGCAGAAGUUAUCACCAAGUAUAUCAAUGUAGCACAGAAAUUACUGGACCUACAAAAUUUCAACACUCUGAUGGCUGUAGUUGGUGGAUUGAGUCAUAGUUCCAUAUCUCGUCUCAAAGACACCCACUCACACCUCUGUACAGAAGUCACAAAGAUAUGGAAUGAAAUGACUGAGCUGGUCUCGUCCAAUGGGAAUUACUGUAAUUAUCGUAAAGCCUUUGCAGAAUGUGAAGGGUUCAAGAUCCCUAUAUUAGGGGUUCACUUAAAAGACUUGAUUGCUGUCCAUGUGGUCUUUCCUGACUGGGUAGAUGAAAAUAAAGUCAACAUUGUAAAAAUGCAACAGUUAUAUGUUACACUAAAUGAACUGGUGUCACUUCAGAGUGCAUCGCACCACUUAGAGACUAAUAUGGACUUAAUUAAUCUAUUAACGCUAUCACUUGAUUUGUAUCACACUGAGGAUGAUAUCUACAAGCUUUCGUUAGUGCUUGAGCCAAGAAAUCCUAAAUCGCCAACUUCUCCAACAACACCUAACAAACCAGUUGUGCCACUGGAUUGGGCAUCGGGAGUCACAACAAAACCUGAUCCAACUAUUAUUAACAAGCAUAUACGCAAAUUAGUUGAGUCUGUCUUUAGGAAUUAUGAUCACGACCAUGAUGGAUAUAUUUCUCAAGAGGACUUUGAGAGUGUAGCUGCUAACUUUCCUUUUCUGGACUCUUUCUGUGUUCUGGACAAGGAUCAAGAUGGCCGUAUCAGCAAGGACGAAAUGAUGGCCUACUUUUUAAGGGCUAAAUCUCAGUUUCAUUGUAAAAUGGGCCCUGGCUUCAUUCACAACUUCCAAGAGAUGACAUAUCUGAAACCAACAUUCUGUGAGCACUGUGCUGGAUUUCUUUGGGGUAUAAUCAAACAAGGAUACAAAUGCAAAGAUUGUGGUGCUAAUUGUCACAAGCAGUGCAAGGAGCUACUAGUGUUAGCAUGUAGGAAACUCUCCCGAGGCACCUCAAUAGGGAGCAACCAUGGCUCCCUUCCAAGCAGUCCAUCUCUAGCUCCAGCUCAAGAUGAAGUCUUUGAAUUCCCAUCUACUGGAAGAGAAAAUCAAGAUCUUGAUGGACGAGCUAUUACUUUAGUUACUGGAUCUUCAAGAAAGAUUUCAGUACGUCUACAGCGAUCGACCACCAGUCAAGCAACACAGACAGAUCCUCUGUGGCCAGACUCUGGCUGGAGUGACACUGGUUCUCAUACUUUUCCAAAGAUGAAAUGCAAGUUCUAUGGAAAGUCUACAAAAAACAAGGGUUUUGCUAAGUGGGAAAACGAAAAACCAAACAUGCACACUAAUAUGAACAUUAUGGAAGUACAAAUCUUGGAAAAUAUUGUAGAUCAUAAUGGAACAGAAGUCAAAGAGGACAUUAAUAAUACAGAUGAGAGUUGAUCCUUGAAUUUCUAAUUUUGAAGACGACAUACUACUGGAAAUAUCAUCAAAAAACCCUCCAACGUCUUAUGGGAUCUCCAAAGUCAUACAUCUUAAUUAAAACAUGAGGCCAGGAUAGUCCUGAAGAUGAUAUGCACUACUUCUGCUAAACCACAGACUUGCUCUUCUCCUUAAGCCACAUAUGAUAAACUUUAAAAUACGAGAAGACUAUAUGAGUCUCAAAAACUAUUUUUUGAGUACUUUGAGCCACUACUUACAUUUAUUUUUACUGUG